AUGAAAAUCCAAAGCCUCUUCUCCAAUGAUCUCCUUCAUAAUAUUUUAGCUCGAAGUGAUCUCCACCACCAAGCUUUUAGACAACCAUUCUUUCAACCAUAUCCUUAAACUCAAAAGAUAAUACCGGCUUACCUCUCAAAUGAAAGUGAAGAUUCUGGUAUUUAAUGUUCUGUGCAUGUUUAUUUACAACUUGACACAAAGUUUCAAAGUUUGGUCUGA